GUGACCAACCCCAUUCCCGCAUAUUGUUUUUGUAUCCCGUCUCUCUAUAUAUUUUGCCUUUCAUGAAGCAAAUUUGAGGUGUAGAAGAGACAAUGGAGGUUCAGUCUGUUAUCUUUGAGCACGCGUUGGGGGAGGCUUUGGUGGUUCACACCCUUCUUACCACUGUCAAAUCCCUGUUCACGUUUCUCUUCAUGAAUGGAUCUCUUCUUACAGCUGUGGAUAACUUAGUGUCACCAAUUGAUGGAAGGUUUCCCUUUGACCAACUAUGCAAGAGAAAACAUACCUGUGAAGAAAAUAAGGAUGGUAGCGAUACUGAUGAUGAUGACGAGGAAGACGAGGAUGACAUUAAUGAUGGAGAAGAUGAUGACAACGACGAGGAUUUCUCUGCUGAUGAAGGCGGGGAGGAAGAUGAUUCUGAUGAUGAUCCCGAGGCCAAUUUUGGAGGUGAAAAAGAUGACAAGGACGAUGAUGACGACGACGAUGACGAAGACGAAAAUGAUGAAGAAGAUGAAGAUGAUGAUGAUGAGAAAGAAGAAGAGGAGGAGGAGUCUCCUCAACCACCUAGUAAGAAGAGGAAAUGAGAAUAUUGUAGCAGACAAAUUCUCAUCUGUCGUUGCUAGUCUUGCGUAGAUUUUAGUCAAAUUUAGGUAUUAGGACAAAGAUUUACCAUCUUGGACCUGUCACUCCGUGUUUUUGUCGUUUAAUAUUAUAAUUUAUGGAUUAUCAUUAGUGAAUUGUCAUGUUACACUAUCAUUAACAGUGGAUGUCAUUGCAGUCUAUGACAGAAUGAUGAUAAGGAAGGUUGUCAUAGCUUGCCAUGGCAUAGCACUUUGUCUAAAUUGCUCAUGGCACAAGCAUGUUCAUGUUAGUCCGUGAGUCAAAUGCAUUCUGUUCUAUACAAAUCGCGUGAUUUAAGAGGAAUUUUAGAUUAUUUUGAGA